AAAGCAGUUUAAGAAGAAAGAAAAAAAAAAACAGUACAGACGCGUGUGCUGUGAAGUCAUUAACAAGAAAAUCUGGGCUUUGGCAAGGUCGUUUUAAAUCUGGAAACAAAAAAACCAAUACCAAAAAAAAAAAAAAAUCAUAAUAAUAAAUAUAACAUAUGAUUUAAACUUUUGUUUAACAAAACAAAAGAGCUUUUAGCCCAUAAAUUUGAACCGAAAAAAAGCUUAUUUUCCUGCUAAAAUUUAUCAUCGAGCUAAUUAAAAAAUAAUAACUACCUCUUUAAACAAUUGUUAUAAUUUAAGUGUUUAAAUUUAGUUUUGUAAGUAACGCGAGAAAAAUUUUAUUGAAAAUUACCAAAAGUGAGUUGGCGUGACUAAUUGCAACAAUGAGAAUGUGGUGUUUUCAUGUUAACAUGAGAGUGCCCAAUUUGUUAGUUGUGGCUAUGCUGCUACUGCUGGUCGCCGUUAAGGGUCAACGCCUUAAUUAUGGCGCCAAUUCAAAUGGCCAAGCCAACAGACGCUGUGAAAAUCCCAACAAACGCUUGGGCACAUGCGUGUCUAUCCAUGAUUGCCAGGUGCUGCUAAAUAGUCAAAGGGAUUUUCUUGUAGCCUCCGCUUGCGGUGGAGGCUUCGGUAGAGUCCCCAUGGUCUGCUGUUCCAGUGAUACAGGUUUUGAUGUAAUUCCCAGAAAUGAUGGAAGUGAGAAGGAAACCGGCAUGUUCUUAAGUGAUGGACGAGAAAAUACCAAGAGAUCCUCAUGGGGACUGCCAUCACCGGUGAAUUUUUUCCCAUCUUCUGAGGCGACAGAGGAUCGAACUGUUCUAAGGCCGGUGUCACCAGCAAAGAGCUCUCUAUUGCCGGAGCCACCUACUUGUGGGGGAGAGUUUAUUGAUAAUCGCAUAUAUGGUGGCAGUGAUACGGAUGCUUAUGAAUUUCCUUGGAUGGCUUUCUUGGAAUACUCAAAGACAGAUGCCUCCAAAGAAUCCGUUUGUGCUGGCUCCCUGAUAAAUGCUCGUUAUGUGGUAACAGCAGCUCAUUGCAUAGUGGGACCUAUUGUCAAACAAAAGGGAGAAUUAAUCGCUGUACGCAUGGGCUUUAUAGACUACACCAAAUCUUCAAUUUUUGGCGAUGAGAAUCAACGUUGGCGUGUUGAAGAGAAAAUUGUCCAUGAGAAUUACAAACAACAAAAGACUCCCCUGCAUGACAUAGCCCUGGUGCGUUUGGAAAGCAAUGUGCGAUAUUCCAAAACCAUAAGACCCAUAUGCCUACCCUCAGCAAUGGCUCCGUACAAUCUUAAAGCCGAUUCAAAGCUUACAGUUGUCGGUUGGGGUGCCACCGAAACCAGAUCCAGUAGUCCGGUGAAACAAAAAGUCUCUUUGGCUUUAGCCGAUCAAAAAUUCUGUCGGCAACAAUAUGGCAAAUUUGGCUUAAGUAUAGAAUCCACCCACAUGUGUGCCGGAGGCACAGUGGCCAAUGAAGACAGUUGUCGAGGUGACUCUGGGGCACCAUUAAUGUCCUAUCGCGAUGGUGUAUGGAUUCUAGAGGGAAUUGUCUCAUUUGGUCGGCGUUGUGGUCUUGAAGGUUGGCCAGGGGUUUAUGCUCGUGUUGGUGUUUACACUGAAUGGAUUAGUAAGAAGAUUAGAGCUUCAAUCAAACCACAGACCGGUCAGUUUCAAUUUCCAGUUAUCGCGGAUUAUGAUGACGAUCUCAUGUCAUCAUCGUCGCCGUUUCACUCCACCGCCACCAUGUACACCAGCUCCUCUGGCGGCAGUGCGUUUGUCAUAAACGAUCCGCUGCAUCGCGAUCGCAUACCAUGUGACAUACCGAACGAAGACAAAGCGGGUGUUUGUCUCGAAGUGAGCCGAUGUAAGGCCUAUUUGCUAGUGCGUAACUCCACCCAUUUGCCGGCGGAGCGGGUGAAUUUCCUAAAGAAGGUGCAGUGUGUUACCGACAUCGGUUUCGAUGAUACCCGCAGCAGUUUAGAACCUUUGGUCUGCUGUACUGCCAAUGGUCAGGAUUAUCGCUUUCCCAGUUUGCCUUUUACCAAAUUCGAAUAUCGCCGUUUCCAGGAUGCCACAGCGAGAUUUAAGAAGAAAAAACUCAAACGACGUAUUCAGACGGUUGAAUCAUCGGAGGGCUUCAAUUUGUGGAAUGAGUGCGGCAAACAAGUGACACAUCGCAUUUAUGGCGGUGAAAUAGCCGAAUUGGAUGAAUUUCCAUGGUUGGCUUUAUUGGUGUAUAAUACAAAUGAAUAUGGCUGUAGUGGAGCCUUAAUCGAUGAUCGUCACGUUCUAACUGCAGCCCAUUGCGUCCAUGGUGAAGCGUAUCGUGAGAAAAAGGGAUUGAAAUAUGUGCGUCUGGGCGAAUUCAAUGUCAAGACCGAGCCCGAUUGUAUAGAGGAACCGAACUAUUUGAGUUGUGCCGAUGCUGCCAUAGACAUGGGAGUGGAGAAAAUUACCGUGCAUCCAGACUACAAGGAUUAUUCGUUCAACAAAUUGAACGAUUUAGCAAUAAUAAGACUGAAACAUCCGGUGUCCUUUACCCAUUUUGUAAUGCCCAUAUGCCUACCGAACAAAACCGAGCCGGCUCCCUUCAAAGAGGGUCAAAUGUUUUCCGUAUCGGGAUGGGGGAAAACAGAUUUGUUUAACAAAUAUUUCAACAACAUACCCAGUCCCAUUAAAUUGAAGUUGCGCAUACCCAUGAUGUCAAGAGAGAAUUGUACCAAGGUCUUGGAUCUGUAUGGUAUACAAUUGGGUCCCAAGCAGUUGUGUGCCGGCGGGGAACAUGCCAAAGACACCUGUGCCGGUGACAGUGGAGGACCUCUUAUGUAUUUUGAUCGUAAACACUCGCGUUGGGUGACCUAUGGCAUUGUUAGUUAUGGUUUUACCCAAUGUGGUUUAACCGGUCAUCCCGCGGUCUAUACCAAUGUGGCCGACUAUACCGACUGGAUACGCAGUGUCAUAGGCAAAUAGCAAAAGUACCCGCAGCCUUUAUGA